AUGGUGCACAUGGUAAUUUCGCGUGAGCAAAGGAUCGCAGGAAGCGUUGUUGUCGAUGGCGGGGACAUUGUCUUGCAACACGGUAGCACGCAUGAGGAUGGUUCAUCUCUGAGCAUCGACGGCGGAUGCGCCAUGAUUGAUGAAAGGUGGGUGGACGAUGAUGGUGAGGAUGGUGAUGGCGUUGGCGCUGGUUGUCAUGGUAGUUCGUCUCCGUGUUCGUAA